CUGCCCGCCGCGGCCGCUGCCAGCGCCGCCUUUGUUCCCUGCAGGAAGGGCGAGCGGCGGCCCGCGCGCAGCGCCCCGUCGCCUCCGCGGAGCUCGGUCGCUUAGCGCCUUCGGGGCUCGGCAGACCCGCGAGAUGGAGCCAAGGAGGAACGAGCAGAGUCGGUUCCUGCUGUGGCUGCUCUGGGUCUCCGCGCUUCUCUCCGCUGCUGUCCGGACCCGCGCGGAGACAGAACCGGCUUCCCAGGCCCACGUGGACCUCAUGGAGAUCAUUGGUCUCCCGCUGUCCCCAUCCGUGUCCUUCGUCACAGGCUAUGGUGGCUUCCCAGCCUACAGCUUCGGGCCUGGCGCCAACGUGGGCCGCCCGGCCAGCGUCCUCAUCCCGCCCACCUUCUUCCGGGACUUUGCCAUCAGUGCCAUCGUGAAGCCCGGCAGCGACCGAGGCGGCAUGCUCUUUGCCAUCAUGGAUACCCACCAGAAGGUCAUCCACCUGGGCCUGCAGCUCUCGGCCGUGGAGGACGGCCACCAGCGGGUCAUCCUCUACUACACAGAGCCCGGCUCCGCCGUGUCCCGGGAGGCUGCCGCCUUCUCCGUGCCCGCCAUGACCCACAGGUGGAACCGAUUUGCCGUGAUGGUCGAGGGCGAGGAAGUGAUCCUCCUGGUGGACUGCGAGGAGCACAGCCAUGCCCCCUUCCAGCGGUCCUCCCGGGCCUUGGUUUUCGAGCCCACGACCGGGCUCUUCGUGGGCAGUGCAGGAGCCAGGAAGCUGGAGAAAUUCAUCGGCUCCAUACAGCAGCUCACCAUCCACUCCGACCCCAGGGCUCCUGAGAAGCGAUGUGAAGCCGAAGAAUCCUCGGCAUCAGGAGAGGCCAGCGGGCUUCAGGAGACAGACGGAGUCACAGAUGGAGUCGCUGAGAUCUUAGAAGCCGACACCUACACUCAAGCCCCGCCUAAAGAAGCAAAAGUUGAACCCAUUAACACACCUCCAACUCCAACCUUUCCCUCUGAGGAUUCAGAACUUUCUGGGGAGCCCAUACCUGAGGGGACCCUGGAAACCACCAACCUGAGUGCCAUCCUGAACAGCAGCGCUGAGCAAGGGUCUGGUGACAUCCUGAAUGACACUCUGGAGGAGGUCGAUGCUAUGAACGGGGUCCCCGUUACAGACCCUGGCUCCGGGGAUGGGGCCUUCCUUCAUGUCACUGAAGAGAGUCCACACACUGAAGAAGACUUGGCAACGACAGCAGCAGCCAGAGAAGCCGAUGUGACCAUCAGCACUGCCUGGGACACCGAAGUGGCCGUCAGCACUGCAGGGGAAGCCGAGGGGGGCAGUGUGCCCACCGGGGGCCCGGCCCUCUCCAUGUCCACCCAGGACCCUGGGAAAGGGGACACUCCCAGGCUGUGGAUCACUGAGCUGGUCCCCGUGAUGUCUUCUGUUCAGAGUCCAGACGCUGAAGAAGGCUCAGCAGUGAUAUCAAUGGAGGAGGCUGAGAUGCCCACCAGCACUGACAGGGAAGCAGAGGCCAGCACAGUGCCCACCGGGGAACCGGCCUUCUUCAUGUCCACGCAGGAGCCUGAGGAAGGGGUCAGUCUGGGUCCAGUCAGUGAAGGGAGUCUGACAACAGCAGCAGCUGCUGCAGAAAUGCCCCUGAGCACCUGCGAGGACGAGGAAGAGGAAGAGGAGGCCAGCAAGGCUCCCACCGGUGGCCGCCCUCCUGGCACACCCACAGCAGCCCCUGAGCAAGCGGUCACGGUCCUAGUGUAUGAAGACUUGGUAGCAGCCACAACGGAGGAGCCCCUGUCCAGGGCUGAGGCGGAGGAGUCGGGCAGCACUCCCCCCGAGGGGCCCCCACUGCCCAUACCCACGGUGACUCCUGCAACCACGGUCCCUCCGGUCACUUCGGUGGGAGCAGAGGCGGAGGGCUCUGGCCUGGGCUGGGGCUCGGAAAUCGGCUCUGGCUCUGGUGACCUGGGGCUCAGUGAGGAGCUGUUAAGAGGUCCCCCGGGCCCCCCGGGCCCACCUGGCUUACCUGGGAGUCCAGGAAAACCAGGAACUGAUGUUUUCAUGGGACCCCCUGGAUCUCCUGGAAAGAACGGAGCUGCCGGUGAACCUGGGCCCCGGGGCCCCAAGGGACAGCCUGGACUUGAUGGAGCCUCCGGCCGUCCAGGGACAAAAGGGGAGAAGGGAGCAAGAGGGCCUAAUGGCUCAGUUGGUGAAAAGGGUGACCCCGGCAACAGAGGCUCACCAGGACGCCCAGGGAAAAAUGGACAAGUUGGCACUCCUGGGAUCAUGGGACCCCCAGGGCCUCCUGGGCCCCCUGGGCCCCCAGGCCCUGAGUGUACAAUGGAACCUGAAUUUCAGUAUACUGAAGGCUCUGGAACCAUCAGGCCAUGGCAUGAACCCAGACUCUCAGGACCAAAUGCUUCAAAUGGUCUCAAAGGAGAAAAAGGAGACCCGGGGCUCAAGGGUGAAAGAGGGAUGGAUGGCACCAGCACUGUGGGACCUCCUGGACCCAGGGGACCACCAGGGCGCAUCGAGGUCUUGCCUAGUUCUUUGAUCAACAUGACCCACGGAUUCAUGAAUCUCUCCGACAUUCCCGAGCUCACUGGGCCUCCGGGCCCGGACGGCAAUCCUGGGCUGCCAGGGUUUCCAGGCCCUAGAGGACCAAAAGGUGACACCGGUGUGCCUGGAUUUCCAGGACUCAAAGGAGAACAGGGUGAGAAGGGAGAGCCGGGCGCCAUCCUGACAGGGGACAUUCCUCUGGAAAGGCUGAGGGGGGAAAAGGGUGAACCUGGAGUCCACGGAGCCCCAGGACCAAUGGGGCCCAAAGGACCGCCAGGACACAAAGGAGAAUUUGGCCUCCCCGGACGACCUGGUCGCCCAGGACUGAAUGGCUUCAAGGGUGCCAAAGGAGACCGAGGCGUCAUGAUGCCGGGCCCACCUGGCGUACCUGGUCCUCCAGGCCCCCCUGGACCGCCGGGAGCAGUGAUUAACAUCAAAGGAGCUGUCUUCCCCAUACCAGCCCGGCCACACUGCAAGAUGCCAGUUGGUACGGCUCAUCCUGGGAAUUCAGAACUCAUCACCUUUCACGGUGUUAAAGGAGAAAAAGGAACCUGGGGUCUUCCAGGUUCCAAAGGAGAAAAAGGCGACCAGGGGGCCCAGGGACCACCAGGCCCUCCAAUGGACCCAGCUUACCUAAGACAUUUUAUAAACAGCUUGAAGGGGGAGAAUGGAGACAGGGGGUUUAAAGGAGAAAAAGGAGACUCUAUCGGCGACUUCUCUGUGUCAGGACCUCCAGGCCAGCCAGGAAGCCCAGGCCUGGCUGGUCAGAAAGGGGAGACUAUCGUUGGGCCCCAGGGACCCCCAGGUGUUCCUGGCCUACCUGGGCCACCUGGCUUUGGAAGACCUGGUUCUCCUGGGCCACCGGGACCCCCAGGGCCACCAGGACCUCCAGCUAUCCUAGGAGCAGCUGUGGCCCUGCCAGGCCCGCCUGGCCCUCCAGGACAGCCAGGGCUUCCCGGAUCCAGAAACCUGGUUACAGCCCUGAGGAGCAUGGACGACAUGCUGCAGAAUGCGCAUUUGGUGAUAGAAGGGACAUUCAUCUACCUGAGGGACAGCACCGAGUUCUUCAUUCGUGUCAGAGAUGGUUGGAAAAAAUUACAGCUGGGAGAACUGAUCCCCAUUCCUGCUGACAGCCCUCCACCCCCCGCGCUUUCCAGCAACAACCUACAUCCGCUUCGGCCUCCACUGACGUCUGUUUCAAGUGUCAAUUAUGAGAGGCCUGCACUGCACUUGGUUGCUCUGAACAUGCCAUUUUCUGGGGAUGUUCGAGCUGAUUUUCAGUGCUUCCAGCAGGCCAGGCGUGCAGGACUGUUGUCCACCUACCGAGCAUUCUUAUCCUCCCAUCUGCAAGAUCUCUCCACAGUUGUGAGGAAAGUGGAGAGAUACAGCCUCCCAAUAGUAAACCUCAAGGGCCAAGUACUUUUCAAUAAUUGGGACUCAAUUUUUUCUGGCCAUGGAGGUCAGUUUAGUACACAUGUUCCAAUAUACUCCUUUGAUGGCCGAGACGUGAUGACAGAUCCUUCUUGGCCCCAGAAGGUCGUUUGGCAUGGCUCCAACCCCCAUGGAGUGCGUCUGGAGGAUAACUACUGCGAGGCAUGGCGAAGCGCCAGCACAGCAGUCACGGGAUUGGCCUCCCCGCUGAGCACGGGGAAGAUUCUGGACCAGAAAGCAUAUAGCUGCGCGAGUAGGCUAAUUGUUCUCUGUAUCGAAAACAGUUUCAUGACCGACGCUAGGAAGUAAUGACCUUCCCAUGACCUUAAGAGUUCCCCAAUUUUUCUUAUGUGAAGAGUUGACACUGAAAUCUAAAAUGUUUAAAUGUUGUAAAUAUUGGUGGGUUUUUUUAUUAUUACACGUUCAUCACAACAGCAACCAAAGAAAACAUACCUCAAUACACUCAAAACUGAAGACAUCAACAACUCAGAUCAAAGAUAAACAUCUGAUGGGUAUAUUGGUGCUAGACGCUGCAGGAAACCCCAGGCAGUGCGAACACAUCCCAACACGGCCGAGAGCACGUUGCAGGCAAAAGGCCUUAGCACGCUCCCGACUGCAUCCUUCAGAAAGUAAUUUCCUCCUUUCAGCCAUUGUUGUUGAGUGUAAGAUGUCCUUCAUGUUUUCUUACCAAGUCGGUGUUUAGAAAUAUUACCCCUCUUUAAGUUAUGUGCAGACCCAAUGCUUUAUUCUUUAAUAUACACCCAUCAUUUGCAACUGCUGUUCAUACAGAGAUACCGAACUGCUCAAAUGAUCCUAUCCGUAGUUUCUGGUAUUAUCAGAUUUUAAUGUUUUUAUUUUCUGAAAUAUUGUCAUCAUGCUUUAGGAGUUUUAUAUUUUUGCUACCAUCAUAUGUUAGUAUGGCAUCUGUUUAUAUCACUCUGACUUGCUGGAAAAGUUUAAACUCCCAGUUAUCUGAAACUAGAAGAGAAAUAACACGUAAUUCCUACCUUUCCCUUGGUGGCCCUUCCCCCCACCCCCACCCUGAUUUUAUGAUUUCCCGUUUGGCAUCUCUUGAAUUAUAACUGCGAUUGAACAAAUGGGUUCAUGAGGAUGACUUUUCUGAGAUACCUAUAUUUCAUGCUGUAUACUUUGGUUUUUUUCCAUGUAAGUGAACAUAAAAACAUCUUUUCCAGGCGC